AUGAGAUCGGUCUUGUUCUUAGUUGCAGCUACCGCUGCCGCCCUCGCCACUCGCGACGAUGCCAAAAGGGAUCAGAUUGUCCUCAUCGAAAACCAGGACAGUACAGCGGACGCAAACGCAGUUCAAGCUUGGUGGGAUGCGUUCCCCAAUCCAGGCAGUCUCCUGUCCUCCGUCGAGGAACGCAUAACCAAGAGCAUCCGGGGCAGCAAACUUGACAACUUCCUCUCCUUGGCCGACUCCGACUCGGACGAUGAGGAUGAGGGCGAAGAGGGCAACCCUCAUUUGCCCCACGGCGGCCACGGGGACGACCACAGACACGAGGACAAGACCAUCUAUGAGCUGAUCAAGGACAGCCAGCAUGCCUCCAAGUUCGCCAAGCUCCUCGAGGAGCAUGGCGAGAUCAAGCAGCUGCUGGAUGACGAGGAGCACAACUACACCCUGUUCGUCCCGACCGACCGCGCCCUUGACCGUAUCCACGGCGGCCAUCACGGCCACCACGGCCACCACGGCCACCACGGCGACGACGGUGGCAAUGACGACGACGGCGACCGCAAACAUCGCCAUGAGAAGCCCAGUAAGGAGUUCAUCCUCGCCUUCCUCAAAUACCACAUCGUCCCGGGCCUCUACCCGGCCCACCGCAUCCAAACGAGCCGCACCCUGCCUUCCGAGCUCCACCCCGCGGCCCUCGACGGCGCCUCCACCCGUCGUCACAAGCAGCACCACCCGCAGCGCAUCCGCGCCUUCACCGUCCCCAUCGUCCACCUCACCCGGCUCAACUUCCAGACGCGCCUCGUCGGCCCGGAAUUCCACGCCAAGAACGGCAUCCUCCGGGCGGUCGACUUCCCCCUGAUCCCCCCGCCCUCCCAGACGACCGUCGUCCGCCUCCUGCCGGGCCAGUUCAGCACGCUGGCGCUGGCGCUCGAGACGACGGGGCUCGGCGGGGAGCUGGACCGGCUGGAGCGCCGCGGCGGCGGCACGCUGUUCGCGCCGACGAACCGCGCCUGGGCCGCCCUGGGGCCGCGCCUCAACGCCUUCCUGUUCUCGGACCCCGGGCGCAGGUACCUGCGGGCGCUGCUGCGCUAUCACGUCGUGGUGAACGAGACGCUCUACUCGGACGCCUACUAUCGCGGCGGCGGGGAGCACGACCACGACGACGACGACGGAGAGGACGGCGAUGGGGCGGCGCGGGUCGGCGAUGCCGGACGUGGUUAUUUGCAUGUCGACCUGCCGAGCCUGCUACACGGGGCGCCGAUCAGCGUGGAUAUCAGGACCUGGAAGGAGUUCGUGUCGAUCGUGGUGAACGGGUUCGCCAGGGUGGAUGUGAGAGACGUGGUCGCGGAUGACGGCGUCGUGCAGGUGGUUAGGCAGGUCCUGAUCCCGCCGCACAAGCACCGUGGUGCUCACGGUGACGUUGGUGACGAGAAUGAGGGUAAGAGUAAGAGGGAGAUGAGCGUCGAGGAGCUGAAGGCUCGGCUGGAGCCCUAUUUGGAAACGCCGGAAACGACCAGCGGCCGGGACAAUAUGGGAGAUCUCUAA